AAUGCUUUAGGGUUAAUACCAUGGAAAUAUGGAUACUAAUUAUGAACUGAGUUAGGUGUUUUAAGGUGAAAGGACUUGCUUUAAGUUACUUGUUGCCACCUUACUGAUUGGAGGGUCUAUUCCUAAAGGUCGUGAAACAAUUUAUUCCUAAGCUUUCCCAAAACUAUUUAUACUGAUCUUACAUGUAGAAAGGACUAUGUAACCUCUCAUGUUCCCUUCCAUCCCUCAUACUGGAAUCUUCUCUAUCUUGUGGAGCUGUUUUUGUCAAUAAGGAAACUACCAUCUGGGUUUCCCAAACUCUGCCUCCAUUCCUGCCUGCGCUUUAAGGGAAAGAUAAGUCUGUGUGUCUCCUGCAUCAGAGCUUCCAGAUGUAACGCAGCCUAUAGCAGUAUACAUGAUAAAAUUUGUUUUCUUGUUCCUUGUGCUUUCCAUAGCUAUUUUCUACAGCUGCCCAUGACACAUUUUCUGUGUCCCUCUCUGAAUGCCCAGCUCAGUCAAAUCCCUGUGCUUGCAAUGGAGAAACAUAGGGAGAAGCUCAUCUCGUGUAGCUUUGGAUAGCUCUGCCUAAGUAAUAUGAAUUCUUUUCAUAGUCAAGAUAGAGAAAGAGCGCUGUUAAGGUGUGACCCAUCUUAUGCGAGGGCAGACUUCUAAAACAGGUCUGAGGUAUGGCGUUGGGUAACUGCCUUUUUCUCCUCAUUGAUGUAAAGACAGGUAGCUCAGAUGUGGACAUUACAGAAUUACAGAAUAAAAGAAUGGUUUCAGUUGGAAGGGACCUUUAAAGAUCAUCUAGUCCAACCAUCAGAACUGUAGACAUCUGAUAUUAGAUGACAUUUAACCAAUUUGUGGCAUCCUAAAGACCUGAUUAUGUCUUGCUGUAUUCAGAAUUUCCUGAGACCUGUACUUUAAAUACAUGAAAAAAAAAGAUAUCUCGAUCACUUUUAAUUUUGUUUGGUUUUGCAUGUGUAUAAAUUGUUGGUUUAUUUGCAUUGCAGUGUUAUUUAUUUCGAGUUCCUAUGUGCGCAUAUUUGGUUAGAUAUUUUAGUCCUUGCCUGUGUUUAUUGUGUUUAGUACCAUUUACUCUCCUUCUCCCUGCAGCAAAAAGCAAAUAAUCUGAACACAAGAAAUGACAGGGGUACCAAUGAUGCCCUGGGGAUAGUUACAGUAACGUUGCCGGAUUUUUGAUUGGGCUUUUAUUUCUUUGCUGGAUGCCCUGCAUUGACCAAAGGAAAUAACAUGGGUCUCCCUCCUGUAUUUUUGCCUUUUACUAAACCAUAGUUCAGCACUGUAUUUUUUGAUGGUAUCCAAAAAAGGGAAGUCAUUCUCUUACAUUUCAGCGUAACUGAUCCAGGCUAGGAGAGAAUGCUGCUGAAACUGCCAAAAAAGGAAAUAUUUGGUUUUAUGUUCUUAUUGUGUGCUUUCUCUUCCUUAAUUCCUGUAUAAAUCCAAACAGGAUUUAUGAGGCAAAGAUCAGUGUAUAGCUGAAGCUUUAGUAUCAGUGGGAUACAAGUUUCCCAUUUAACCUAAUGCCUUUCUUAUUGUGACUUUAUUUUUACGUAUGAGGAUCCUGUGCGCUGUGCAGGGCGAAGGGCCUGCCGAACUGCCGUGCUCCUCCUGAGACCAGCUGGAACGGUGCUGUGCAGGGGAAAGUCACAUCAGAAUUUGUGUGAGGGCGCAAAGCCUGGGUGGUACUAGACAGUUCUAACUCAAUGGGACUUGUAGUCCCCAGACUUUGUCUGAGUUAGGUCUGUGUCAAAAUAGAAAGUAGACUUAAAGAUCUGGCUCUGUUCAUCAUGUUACGCCAAAUCAUCUACAACUCUAUUAAAAAAGCUAAUUUUUCAGUAAUCCACAUUUUUUAUCUCACUAUAUAUAUUCUGGCAACAUCUGCUUCUUCCAUUAUAUUAAGAACCGGCAAAGAGUUUGCACAGGUGGCUAAUCCAUAUCAAUAUCCAAUGUAGGCCUGCUGAUCAACUCUAAUCAAGCAGUAACCUGGGUAGAGAAGGUUUCAGAAAUAGCGCCUGCAAGUAUAAGGAGUUUCAACCUAUUGCAGUUGGACUAGAUGAUCGUUGUAGGUCCAUUCCAACUGAACUAUUCCACUCUAUUCUGUUCUAGUCUAGUCUAGUUUAGUCUAAGUCUAGUCUAAACUGGCAAGCCAUCAUCAGUUAUGGGGUGAGCAAGGGACUAGGAUGGGACCAAACUGGUAGUGAAGAUGGCCCUAUCUUCUUGGACAAUGCAUACAGAGGAAUUUCCAUAGCAGGCAGGGAAGAAAUCAUGCAUGGUGUGAACAGGUACUGCAUAAAAAUGACAUAGCUCUAGCCCAGGUGUCAUGGCUGAGCUGGAAAGACAUUUUCUAAGGAUGCUUGAAGCUAUGUCAUUACCCUCUACUUACUUAAAAAAUGAGGCAAAUAUCUGAAAUAUCACAAGCAGGAUCUUAAAAACUCUUUAAAAGUUUCCUCUUUUUAUUUUAAAAUGAAAACAGAAAAAUAUCUUUUAAUUAUAUUGCAUUCAUUUCAGUACAUUGCAAGCCUUAAGAAGUAUGGCCCAAACUUCUUGCUGGAGAGGCUUCUUUUGAGAAUUUGUUGUUAUAAUUACUCCUGCUAGCAUGCCAUAUGGUAGAUGAAUAUCACACUCCAGAUCUGAGUAUUUCCCAGAGAGGGAAACUAAGGCAUAGAGAGGUUCUCCUUGGACCCUACAGAAAUAUCAAGUUCAAAGGCAGAGCUAAAGCACAAGAGUUCACAGCUCCCCUCUGUGGCAUACAUCAGGAGAGACUAUGGUGGAAAGAAAUUGGCACUGAAGAGCAAGAAAGAGCAAGAAACUGCUUUCCAAGAAUAUUUUUUCCUGAUGCUACAUAAAUAAUCGUAGCAGCCCCCACAUUAGGUCAUGUUACAGGACAGAAGAAAAAAUGCUUUGCUUCAGACUGCAAUGGAAAUGAAAGUUUUGUUCUUGUCAGACUCCUGUUAGAAUUUGUUAGAACCUAACAGCUUCAGGAGAGCUAUAGUGAUUUAUGUUUUCAAGAGGAAUCAUUCCAGAAUGCUCUCAAGGUUUACUAUUUCUUUAAGCACUGAAUUAGCCUCUUUAGUCAAGCCAAGGAUUUAUUUCUACCUCUGAGCCAGAGUGUUAUUUUCCCUUCCCAAGCAUUCACAGCUGUUUAAGUGCCUGCUGAUACAAGAACUUUCAUCCUCCACAUUUAUUUUUUUUUUAGGUUUAGCAUGCUUUGUGUGCUGAAUAUCUAUGUUUGUUGCUGAUAUCUUAUGGGGGAAAACCGAGGUGUCAGACAAGCCACAGAGAUGCACGCUGUGAGUCUGACUGACCCUGGCAGUGGCUGAGCUCAGAGAUGGGCUCUGCGGGGAAUGGGAAUGCUGCCUUCUCAGUCUUCAGUGAUCAUGCAGAGACACCUGAGCAUCUGUGCCACAGGCUCCAAAAUUCAGUGGCUCCUUGUGAUGCCUUUCCUGCCUUAAAACUCUGGGUUCAUGCAGGUUAGGGGCAAAACAGCCAUGUAUGUGCCGAGUACUGCAGUGAUCUUAUGCAAAGGUUUGAAUCUGCCCAGCAAAGGAGACUUUUUGAUUAUUUUCAAGUUCUGUCUAUAUUGUGAAAGUCUCCAGCCUCCUGGUCCAGAAGUAUGGCUUUUGUUAAUUCUAAGGCUUCGUUCUUGACUCUCUCUAAUUCUUAGGUGCAGUCAUGCCAAACUCCCAGUCACGUAUUGCAGCCAUUUACCAAAUGUUUAUAAACAUUAACAGGACCGCACCAUACCCAUACACACAAACACACAAAACCAUGCAGAAACUGUGCUUGAUAACAGCUGUGAAAUCAGCACUGCAAAAUGCAACUCAAAAGGUGUUAUUUUCUCACAUGGCUGUUUUUGCAUAAUUUUACAUAAAUGCUAGCUUUUUUGCAUUUGAUUUUUUAUGGCUUCUUAAAUCAAGAAGAGAACUCCAGAUCUAUUCACUGUACGGGGCAAUUUUUCUUACAUCUACAAAGAAGAUGCAGCAGCACAUACUGUUUAAGGAUCCAAUCUAGGAAGUUCAGGAUUCAUUGGCAGGGUUUGCUGGCUGUUAGAUCUGGUUCUGCUUGACUCCAGAAUUAUGAACAACUCAUUUGUAUUUAAGUUUCCUAAAAAUACCUCAUUAAUUUCUUGUUCCGUAGGAAGAGGGCAAAGCAGACUGCCCACCUAAGCAGAGGACAGCUAUGCUCAUGGCAAAGCUGGAGUCUGGUGGCUUGCGUGCUACCUCUCCUCCCCAUUUUGCUUGCACUUUCCCAAACGCAUGGAAACUUCUACAUACUUUGGCGACAUUAAUUAACUGAUUUCACUCCUGUGAAGAAGCCACUAAUUGCCAUUACACUCUGUUUACAGCUGACUUCACUGAGGCCCUGGAGGGAAGCAAUUUUCCCAGCCUUCCCAAGCAGAGUGGUGUGCCAGGGACUGAGCCCACCCUGACAGCUAUUGCCCACCAUUAAUGCCUGCUGAAGCAGUUGAGCAUUGAAAACCCUGAGCAUCUUCCAGGAUAGUCCUCAGCACUAGAAAAGAUCAGACCCAAGUGAAGCCAAGGAAAAGCAGCACACUGAGCACAGCAGUCCAAGAAGGUCCCAGCUGGGAUCUGAUGUCUGCUCCAGUCACCCUCAGCUCCUGUUGCAUCCAAAGCCAAUAAUGGCAUAACUAAUAAUUAAUUACAAUGAGAGGAAGGGGAAAAUGGAGCAGUGAAUGUUAGCAGAAUUCAUAAAGUUAAAUGCCAGUAAAAUACAGUAUGUGUACAAAAUAAUAGUUUAGUUCCUGACUACCUGCUGUGUUCAAGCUAAACAAAAGACAGAGUAAUAUCUUCAGGAUUUUUUGUGCAAACAACUCUUCCCUAUUUAAGAUAAAAUUGCAACAGUUUAUUUUAUUUAAUUAGUAUCUUAUUUGUUCUAGUACAUUAAAAGGCUAAUAUGCAUAUAAAUUGCUCUUACAUCUUUGGACAAAUUGCAUUAUAGAUAUUAUAUUGCAAAGGAAGGAGGAAAGAUGUGAGCACUGAACUCUCUCCCAUAAAACUGAAUUGAAUUUCUCAGAAAUACUCUAAUUUACAGUAUGGGCAUGCUGGUAGGCAGAGGAGAUAGUGACAAGUACAAGCAAUGAGGGUUAAAGGUGUAUACGGACCAAUUUGUAGCUGUGCUAUCCCAGGAGAUAUCCAAAGAAGGAAUGAUGCCUCUGAGACACACUUUCUUCCCACUGUGCUGACCUACCUCCAGCUGAAAAAGGAGAGUUUCAUUCCUCAUCCCUGGGCAACACACACAUCCUGCUCUAACCCUUCCUCCCUCCCUGGCUGCUGCUCUGGCUGUUCCCUGCAGGUUGAGCUGUAUUCCCCUGCAUUGAGGUACUGAUGGGAAAUUUCCAUGCUCCUCUUUUCCUUUCCUGGUGCCCCUGUAAAGCAAAGCUAACAUCUGUGGGGAAGCACUGGGUGUUACACUAGGCUUGCAUCCCUCAUACAUAUACACACACAUUUAGGUACAUAUGAACCACUGUGUCUGUAUGGCAAAUAAGAAAUCAAGUGUACAAAGAGUAAAAGGACAAAAAUACUUCGAAAAGAUACAGAAUACCUUUUGGAGUCAUCUCUUCCGUGUUUAAAUAUGUGAUACUGGGGAUGAAGAUUAGGGUUUCACGUGGGGUGGUUCAGCCCCCCUGUGAGUCAGACCUGCAUUUUUUGCAACAUGAAGUAUUGACCAGCCAGUUAAAAGCUCAUCAUUGUCAUUAGUGUGGCCCUGUAACUAACAGUAUUUUUGUUUUCCUUUCCUUUUAGUUUGAGCCAUCACAGUGUCAGUGACAACCAGAAGAGAAUGCAAACAUUUGUCUCAAUAGCCCAGAAUGCAUGGGGAAUUUUUAUAUCCAAAAGGAAGCCUGGGUGGAAUUAUCAGGCGCAGCUUUUUGCAGUUUGCUCUGCAGUUGGCUUCCUCUCCAGCUUUCUUUUAUUCCUUGGCAUGCACUUCUCCCUGGAACACCCUUUGGGUCCCUUACUGAUUUCUGGAUUCAUUUGGAUCUUGCUUUCUAUCAUGCUUUUCUGUUUCAAGCACUUGCGCUGCUUUAGUGUCCUCUUCCUUCUUUCUUGUGGACUGAAAAAUGGCAGAAAUGCUCUUCUUACUGCUGGAACAGGUGUUGUGGUGGCUGGCAACAUCCAAAACAUUUUUCAUAACCUAAAGGUUCUGGCAGACAGUAUAACCUGUCAUUUAGAGUAUGAGCAAUUUGCUUUGAUAGAAUAUUAUGUUGAGGCAGUAAAAUGGAUUUAUGAGGUGGCCAAGCUUCACACUGAACUACUUAAAAGUAUAGUGUCGCUAAGGCAUGAAUUCACACCAUCUUAUUCAAUUUCAGAUGAUGCAUUAAAACAAGAGCUAAAUGACACAAAGCAAGAAAUCCAGAAAGUUACUAACCAGAUAACUUUUAUGCUGACUAUACUUCCCUAUAUAGGCCAGAAAGUAUUGCCUAUAGUGGGGAUUUUUCUAGCUUCUUUUGGAACUGGUCUCUUUAUCAAAAAAUUUGUGGGUUCUCACAGUGCCAGAUUUAAGAAUACUUAUAUCACAAAACAGUUCAUUGCAUUUGAUGAACACCAAAAGCAACAGCAAAGACCCUGUCUUCUGCCACUUAACAAAAAAGAAAGAAAAGAUUAUGUGACAAUUCCAUCUUUCUGCCUCACAAGGAAGGACAGAAAAAAAAUGCAGGUUUUUUUUCUCCCUAUAAUUAUUCAUUUUUGCAUCUGGCUUCUUUUUGCUGCAGUAGAUUAUUUGUUUUAUUGGUUAAUUAUUUCUGUGAAUAAACAUCUCCAAGAAGUACCAGAUCUAGAGAUUCGACUCAACCUCUUUCAGCAAAGGAAUGAGAACAGCCUUUUCCCUGGUAUGAGAAAGCUUAUUGCAAAGACAGAUCCUUUCAAGAUCUCUUUGUUUAAGCAUGACUGUGUCCCUCGGCCAGAGCUUAACCUGUCCACGACAUGGAUCCAGGUUGGAGUCAUCAUCUUCUUCUUAAUAAUUUUUGGAUUAUUCUCUGGCCUCUUGACCCAACUUAAAAUACUUGUGACAACUUCAUUUUAUCCUGACAUUGAGAUGAAACGUAUACAUUAUUUGCAUGCAAAGUUACUCAAGAAGAGAGCAAACCUACAAGAGAAAACUGGGAAGAACAUGUCUGCUAGUACGGUCAACUUUUGGUUUCCAAUACUCAAGGCAAGAGAGGCAGUAAGGAAGAAAGAAAGGAGUGUGGCAAACGACAACAUGGUGUGAAAGACACCAAGUGAAUGUUUGUAUAAGGCUGGGAUGCUCUAGCUCCGCAGGGGCCUGUGUUUUGCACCCAUCUUUGCAAUGGAAUUUCAAUUUUAAAAUGUAAAAAAAAAUGGGAUCAAAAUUUAAUCAUCAGUAUUUUGGAAAAGUGUGGAAAAGAAGCCAUGAGAGAUAAUGUGCUAUCCACCACAGAGAUCUCAGAGUUGCAGAGUUUUCAUCUUGGGGUAUGCGUUGUCUGAUACUGUAGAAAUCCAUAGAGGGUCUGUUCUUCUGUGUAAAAGCAAUCAAACAGUUUGGAGCUUUUAGGACUACAGCACAAACCUCUUUGGGCUGAGGUAACAGAGGACAUAAUAACAUGUUGUGGUAUAACCACAUGACAGCAGCAGGUUUGUCUUCUUCACAUUGGCCAGGCACUGAAGAUAGAAGACACAGCUGAGUCUGUCCAUUGGCUUCUGGGCUGCCCAAGAAUCUAACUAGAGGCCUUAGAUGUUUCUAGGUGUUUCUGUCUAUUUCUCAGCCCUCAACUGCCCCAAAACCUUCAGCCUGGUUCUUUCCCAACCCUAGCUUCAUAUACUUGCUCCUGCCUCUGUAGCUGUCUUCUGCAGGGCCAGUGCUCUAUAUGCCCUGUCAAUAUUCUAGCUCAUGUGAACUCUCCCUCCCACCUUACUUCUCCACUUACUUUUGCUGAUUUCUCUCUCAUAAAUUUCUAAUCCUAGUCUCCCACUCGAAAUUCCUCACUUGGUCUUAGUCUCCCACUUUCACUUAUCCAUAGACUAUAUCACUAGUGCAGAUUGUCCCGUGAUCAUGAGAGGUAAUGUAGCAUGUGCUGAAGUCAGAAUGCUCACGAGAGCUAGAAUACAGAGGAAUCAGGUGCUGUGGGUGCAGACAAGCUUGUUUUGAGGUAUAGGGACAUAUGAGCAGAGGUUGACGAUGUUUUGAAUCUUGCAGUCUGAGGCAGCUUGCACAAGUGGCAAAAAUGGGCUCAAUUACAUUGCUAAAGCCACCAUUGACUUCAAUGAAACAAAACUAAGCCGAUACUGAGUGCUUCAUGUAUUCAACUAAUAUCAGUGAUGUGACCUUCAUAUGACUCAAGAACAAAUGCUAAAAGCAUAAAGACAUAGGAAUGGCUUGACUGGCAUGGCACUGGAGAUUAAUGUAGAGCUAAAAAUCCACCCAACAGGCAGUGUACUCUUGAUUUUCAGCAACAGGCAAUUUCUUUCUUUAGGAUACAUAACAGCAAACUGUUCUGUUCCUCUGUAACACAUGCACGGUCCCAGGACAGCCAUUGAUUGAUGUAUCUGUUAUCUGGAUGAAUAAAGACUUACUUAAAUCUUUGCAUAGCAAAUGUCAGAAGUUAUUUUCCACUUGAAACACUGAAAAACACCAAGUCUUUUUUUUGUUGGGUCUCCCAAAUAAUGCCUCAUUCUCCAUGGACACAGGUGGUUCAGGUUGCUGAUGUGCCAACAAUCUGUCUCUAGAAAAUGAGGUGCUAGAUUAAAGCCAUGCAUUAUCGAAGGUUGUGCUGAAUAGUCUGAGUGGCCUAUGUCCUCUUUUGCUAGAGUGGGACAGCCCUGGGUAGUAGCAGAAUGUCAUUUAUACAUCCCAGGUACUACUGUCAAGGACCAGCAGCAAGAAGCAUUCUGGUGAAAAAGAAGUAACAUGAAGGCUGCUCUAAAUUCGUUUUCACAAAACAGACUAGCUGUCUGGCUACUAUUGACAAGAAGAUGUAUUUGUUCACUCUUGUUGUCAUUGCAGAGGAAAGAGAAAGAGUUAAAGGUCAGCAAGAGCUGAGCAUUUUUGGCUGAGUUCUGACAAGUUCAUUGCUGGUAGGAGUUGGGCGUGCUACUUUCAGCCCCAAAGGACAGGCUGGUGAGAAGCCCUGAUCUACUGAUUACAACACCCAAAGACUGGGACAGCUCUGAUUGAUAGCACUAUCACAAAACUCUUAUCUGCUUCACUUGGCAUCAGGAGGUGAAAGUUGUUUUGGAGUUUCUUGCCUUUCCUGUUGGAUGGUGUGUUGCCACCCAGCAUACCUUUUCUCUCUGUUCUGCAAGCAGCAAGUAAAAAGCUUUGCAGCAUGUUGGAAUGGUUCAGCAAAAUGACUUAGAUGGGGGUCAGUGGUUGGGAGAGAUACCUAAAUUUGUUAGGAUUUUGAGAUCUUGAGUAGACUCUCAGGACGAUGGCAUGUCUGUACUUUGUAUUUACUUAAAGAAAUUAAGCCUAGUGGGAAUGACUGAAUAUAGAAAAAGAGCUAUUAGUUUUUGGUAGGGUAGGUGAUACCUUGCAGGCUUUACAGAACAGUGUUAUACCUGAAUGCUGGGGCUCCCACCGCUAAGUGGCUGGGCAGCUUACUGAGUGUUGCUUAGCUUGCCCCCUCAAAUCGGCAAGAGUCAUGGCAGUGAUAAAAGCCAAUCCUUUUGGGGAAGCUAAUUGUAAUUCUGUACAAAAUAUUCAGCUCUAGUAACAUUUUACCUAGAUGCUUGACCCCACUAUCAGUGACAAAAGACAUGGAAAAGCCCAAGGUACUUCUUUGUCUUAGUCUUUACAGGUAUGACUGAUCUUUAGCUAUACCAGGCCUCUCUGAACAGAGGGAAAGUCUGGAAGGAUCUGUGAAGCAUGGCAAGGUUACAGAGCACUUAAACACACUGGACAUACUUAAAUCCAUGGAAUAUGAUGUGAGGCACCCAUGGGUGCUGAAGGUUCUGGCUGGUGUCAUUGUGAGGCAACUCUCAAUUAUCUUUGAAAGGCUAUGGUGAUCAGAGAGGUUACUGAGGACAGGGAGAACGUGAAUGUCACUCCCAUCUUCAAGAAGGUCAAGAAGGAGGAUCUGUGAACCUAUGGGUUUAUCAGCCUCGCAUCAAUCUGUGGGAAGCUGAUGAAGCAAUUUCCCUUGGAAGCCAUUUCCAAAUAUAAAGGCCAGGAACUUGAGGGGAAUAUAACCUAAACAUAAGAAAAAUAUUUUUUUCUGUGAGGGUGAUCAAGCACUGGAACAGGAUGCCCAGAGAGGUUAUGGAGUCUUCAUCCUCAGAGAUACUCAAAACCCAGCUAGACAUGGCUCUGAGCAGCUCAGAGCAACAGGGCUGGAGUAGAUAUCUCUACAUGUGUCCACCAGGCUCAGCCACUCUGUGAUUUGGUGACUUUUACACAAAGCACUGCAGAAAAAAAAUUAGACACACACAGCAAAAGCUUGUGUUCAUUUGUGAAUGUGCUGUGUCAGCACCAGGGUGCCACCUGACAAAUAUUGUUGCCAUUACACUCAUACUGGAGUCAGGCACUUGAGUGGACUGAUGCACUCUUUGCUUCUGUGACCAUACACAUGCACAUCUGUGUGCUGAAGGUGAGUGGAAUGGCAGGCAAAGGACAUAAGUUUGCUCUUCCCCAUUUCCCUAAAUCUGGGUUACCAGGGAGAAUGGCACAUUCUGUGCAUUUAUUUUAAAUUCUAAAACAAAUUCACCUUUGGUACCUCAAAGACAUUUAGGUUUAUCUCAGCGGUAGAACAGUUCCUACCCUGAUCUACCAUAUUAGGUCUAUUCCUUCAGCUGCCUGGUGGUCCUCUUUAGUUGCAUGGAUGAAAAGGCAGGUCUGUCUCUACCCCAGCACUACACAGAGAUACACAUCUCAUUCUCUGCAGACCUUACUGGGCUUCUGUUUUCUCCCAUUUGUUUCUGCCCUGUGAGCUGGGGAAGUCUGGGGGUUUGUUUAUGUUCAGCUGUCUUCUCUCCAAGUUGUUCAGCUAUUCCUUUGGCCUCUCUGUUUACCAUAACCCUCAACCACAUGACUACAUUGUUCUUUUUUUUU